CAGAAAUGUUUCACCGUCUUCAGUCACUGAGAGUUCUGUCAGAGUAGAAGGACCACGGGAGGUAUGCCAUGAAGCUGUUUCCUGCACAUCCAAUACUUUGGUCCAGUUUGCUGGUUUUGUUUGCUUUACAAAUAGAGGCGGAAGUUAACAUUUCAGAUGUCUGUGAGGAUAAAAGGGCUUCUGAUGAGAUCGAUGUACAGACUACGUCAGUGCAACUGCAUUAUGUAGAGAUGGAUCAGCUAUAUAAUAAGUUUCACUGCCUCCUUUACCCAACAAAUAUACUUAACUGCUCCUGGUCAUUUAACACCUUACAUCAGGAUACUCAGCUCUUUGUCAACAUCAGCAUCUGUGAUGGUGACAAAUCAGUUCAGUCUGCUGACCUGUCAUCUGAGGAGAAAGUCGGAUCAAGGUCUUUGGCUCUGCCUGAUGACAAGUUGUCACUUUUAAUCCUACACUUCAACGUCACCCUGCAUGACAAGUGGACAUUCUACACCUCUAAAUACGACCUCAACAUGCUAGAGGUCCUGUCUCCACCGCCAAACAUCAGUGCAUCAAUCAAAGAUGGAGGUCUGUUGGUGACAUGGGAUCUGCCCCAAAGUAGAGUUGACAUUCACUCCUCCUGCUUUGAAUACCAGCUGGACAUCAGUGAGCAGCCAUGUGUGUGGGGAUAUGGAUGUCAAUUAUUCAAUAACGAAACACGCAAAGAGUUUACUGAGCAGCGGUCCUAUAGAGAGACCAAUGUAGAUCUCUCUUCCAACUACAGAGUGAGGAUGAGGACGAGGAAGAGCAACAUUUGUGUGAAUUAUCUUGAAUGGAGUGAAUGGAGCCACGCUGUCACUGUGGAAAAGUCCACUUACAAAUUCAACAAUCUGGUGAUCGUCUCAAUUUCACUUGGAAUACCCAUGAUCCUCCUGGCUGUGCUGUUGCUUCUCCGCCAUCAGAGGCUGUCUAAGGUCCUGUUUCCUCCGAUUCCACGCCCACCACAAAAGUACCAACAUUUCCUGGAAAAAAAUGACACAUUCAAUUUCGUCCACCCUAAUCAGUCAGCUGAGCCUGCGGAGGAGAUAACAGAGGUGGAAGACAUGGAGCAAAAGCCCGGGUAGACAUUGUAAAAGCCAGAUGGGAAGGACACAUUUACAUUUUGAAUUAUGCCUGAGGUUUCUGCUGGACCUUUUCUUUUUUUUUUGUCAUUGUGCAUUUUCAAGUUCUAAUAUGUUUCAGCAACAAGCUUAACUGUGUUGAGUGCUAGCGAAGUGUGUGUAGGUUUGUUUUCAUUUGACCUUAUGUCCCUCAUUUCUUAAUAACCAUACAGUCCAGUCAGGCCAACAUGUUUGGGAAGGUUUAGCAACACGGGAUGUAAAUGUGUACAGCAAUAACUGUACAAUAUGCUUUGAAAUUGUAUGCUUAUAGUUUAUAUUCUUUGUAUCUUGGGUGUGAUGAUAUAAAGCUGGCUUUGGCUCUUUCUGCUGUACAAAUGAACAUUUCCCCUCUGUGGGACGAAUAAAGGUAUUCUGAUUCUGACUAUAAUGUGAAAAUAUAUUUUGCCCAGCUUCUUUCAUUAACUUGUUUACGUUUUUGUUCUUUCAUUUAAAAAGAGGAAGUGUCAGUUGAGAGUUUUGAUGAAAAUCUCUCUGCUAUGUAUAAACUUACUAGUUAAAUGAACCUGAAAUGUUGAUGGAGCGCUUGUGCUUACCUUUUUGUACAUUUUUCAUAUGAAUUAAAGUGGAUAAUGUUAUAAUAUCG